UCACCAAACACUGAUUGAAUUAAAGUCAAGAUGGCGACCGAGGGCGAAUACGAGUCGAUCCUGUGUGUGAAACCUGACGUCAACGUUUACCGAAUCCCGCCGCGGGCAUCGAACCGGGGAGUCAGGGCGGCGGAUUGGAAGCUGGAUGCCCCUGAUUGGACAGGCCGUAUGAGAGUGACGGCUCGGGGAAAAGUGGCUUUCAUCAAACUGGAGGACAAGAUCUCUGGGGAGCUGUUUGCACAGGCACCAGUGGACGAGUACCCUGGCAUCGCCAUAGAAACCGUCAGCGACUCCAGUCGUUACUUUGUGCUUCGGAUCCAGGAUGAGAGUGGUCGCAGUGCGUUCAUAGGCAUCGGGUUUGGGGACAGAGGGGACUCGUUUGACUUCAACGUGGCGCUGCAGGACCACUUUAAGUGGGUGAAACAGGAGCUUGAGAUCAGUAAGCAGUCUCAGACUCCAGACAACACUCCUAAACUGGACCUGGGUUUCAAAGAGGGACAGACCAUCACUCUCAAUAUCGGGCAAGGCAGAAAGAGAGACAAGUCCCGCCCCCAGAGUGCUGGUGGCUUUGGGCUCCUCCCUCCUCCCCCUGCCGGUGGUGGCGCCAAGAUAGCCCCUCCCCCUAUGUCAAGCUCCUCCAAUGACAAUGAAGGGUUAUUCUCAGGGGGAGACUUAUUCUCUGCGGGAAGUGACUCGUUUUCAGGGGAAAGUGACACGUUUUCAGGAGGAAACGACACAUUCCCAGCAGGAAGUGACAUGUUCUCAGGGGGAAGUAACACAUUCUCAGGGGGAAGUAACACAGGCUGUUUGUUAGACCUGGACAGCAGUAACUCCAACUCUGUGGUGCAGCCGAACCCCAACCCUACAGGCGGCUCGGACAUGUGGGGAGACUUCUCUGCCCCAGAAAAGUCAAUGUCUCCGCUCGCCAACGAUGAUGGUUCCACCAACUGGCAGCAGUUCUGAGGCCGUCCCACAAUCCCUUUCACCUGACCUUCACCUGACCUUUAACCCCUGACCAGAGGAAGACACUGUAUAUUAUCACCUCAACCUCAGUGUACUCUCUCCCUCUCUUCCCCCUCUCUUUAUUUGUCUCUCUCACACCCUGCCCCCACUCUCAUCACCCCUCUCCUGGCUUCCUCUCCUUACCACCCUCUCCCUCUACAUCUUUCCCUCUCAGUUUCAACGCUACACUCUCUCCCCCUCUGUCCCCCUCUCCUUGCCCUCCUCUCCCUCUGUCUCUUUCUCUAUCUCUAUCUAUUGCAACAGAGUAUUUAUUUACUACUGAGGGAAAAGACUGAGGUUAAAUCUCUCUAAAUGAAAGAUGGUACAGAAAGGAAUGAUGGUGACUCACACUAUAGUCUUGAUAAAAAACAAAUUAAUUUAUGUACAGAAUAUAUUAUUGUAAAUGUAUAUAUUGUCAGUAGUUUGUAAUUCCCAUUGUUGUUGUGGUAGUGUCGUAGCUAAUUUUCCUUUAGAAUCUCCAGUACAACUGGAAUUAUCGCCUGAAAUAACUAAUUUACAGGCUUGCCUGGAUGCAUUAGUAUAUGACCAAGUUAUCUGAUCUAAGGUCAGUUUUGCUUUUUCCUCUUAAUUACUAAGGUUAGGCCACGGUGAGUCUGGAGCUGGGCUUUGGAGCAGCUUCUGCUUUGAGUGGACACUGAUCUACUGUAAGUUUACACAGUAGUCAUGCUGUUUGGCGCCCCUUGGUGGGCUAUUGCGGUCCUACAACCACAGUCUGACGGAGAGUGGUGAGAUGUGGACAUUAUCACUGCUGGGGAUGGGAACUUGGCAGGGUCACUUGGCUGCGUUGUUCUAACAUGAGGCUGGUGUUAGUUGGUCAAUUAACACCGAAAUGGAGGGAGCGAUAGGAAAAAAUAGUGGUCUGAUUGAGUGAAGGGAUAGCAGAGUGAUGGGAUGAAAGGGUAAGAUGGGUCUGAGGAGGGAUGGAGGGUGAGGAGGGGGUUAAACCCAUGGGGUGAUAGACAGGCCUGAUUUAGGCCUUGUGAUGUAAUCAACAGUCAAGGGGUUUCUGGGUAGAGAUGACUCAUUUAGGUCACGACUCUUGCCCUGCUGGAUGAAUAGCCCUGUGUGUGUUGUAUACACAACUGUCUGUCCGUCCGUCCGUCCGUCCGUCUGUGUUCUAUACGUUAAACCCUGGAACUAACUUAACUCUGUCAAUGCAGUGAGACCAUUCCAGUCCUUGUGAGAUGCAGUGUUUUACUUUACUGCAGUGUUUUACUUUACUGUUUUAUUUGGAGAGAAAGGAUGGAGGGAUUGAGGGGGAUAAUGCAGUACAGGACAUCACAGUGCAAUAUUACAGUAAGCCAUGUAUGUGGCUUUUGUACUUAUCAUUGUGUGUGUCUUUCUCUCAUGGACUCAAACAUAUGCAUUGAUUGAUGACAUGAUGUUGAUUAAUGACGUGAUAAUUGAUUGAUUUCCUGUGUGAGCACACGGCUAGUUGGAGAACUGGUAUGAACUGGUGAGAGUCUGUGUAGACCCUACCUAUGUUUGUUUAUGUGUUUCUUCUUGUCAUUACAAAUACAAUAUGUGUGUAUGUAAAUGUGUAUGUAUUGAAAAUAAAAGUAUAAAGAUAUCAACUAA